AUGUCCGCACAGCACUCCAUCCCAGAACAACAAUCACAACCCAAGAACCAGGAGCAAGAUCAGAGCUUUGAAAAGAAACCCAUCCUCGCACUCCCCGACGCAUCCUUCGCUUCUGAUACCACUCAACUCGAUGUCAACGAUGGCACGCUUGCGCGGAUCGCGAAUUGGGCGCAGAUGACGGAGAUCGAGAGGCGGAAUACGCUGAGGGUUCUGGGUAAGAGGAAUAAGGAGCGGAUGGACAAGUUGAAGGCUCAGGGGCAAGCUCUCGGUCAGACACAAGAAGGGGGGGAGGCGGAUUAA